UGACCUAAUUCAGCUUUCUGAAAACAGUAUAUAUAGGACGACAUAUUUAGAAGCAAAACCACAGCCCUUUGGGCGUUCAUCGUACCAGACCAACCUUCCUAAAACUAAGUUUUCUUUCAUCACUGAGUGUAAGCUCACCUGUCGAGCUUGCACACGUCGCUUCAAAACUUGAUAGGCUUGUAUCAACUGUGUUCGGCGGAGGUUACAGUAAAAACUCAUCGCUUUCCAUUACACUGUUGGAAGUAAUCUCGAUUUGUGGUAAGGAAUUUACAACAAACCUGUUCUACGGGCAAAACUCUUCAUCUGAGGUCGGUUAUCGUAGUAUGCUAAAUAGAUCAAAACCAAUUUGCCAGUAUUUUAACACAAAAAGUGGUUGUAAAUUCAAAGAGAACUGUAAAUUUUUGCAUUCUCCUUCAACAAGUAUUUCUAGUCCAUCAAUACCAGAUUAUCAAGAAAAUGGAACGCCAGUAAACGAGCAUUUAGAAGCCGACCCUCUUUCUACUACUGUUUCUCAGCUGUCUUUAAGAAAUCAGAAUCAUGAGACGGUAAACAAGGAAAAAGACACAACACAAAAACUCUGUUUCAGUUUUGAAAAACAUGGAAAUUGCAGAUAUGGGAAUAAGUGUCGUUUUCUUCAUGCAUUGCCAAAGAAAACACAUUUUAAGGUACAAAAAUCUGACAGAAGUUUGAAAUCGGAGAGAAAACAUGAGAAUGAUUCUAGUAAGAGAAAUGAAAAUCAGCAGAUCCAAGGAAGAAAGAGAACCUGUCACUACUAUCUGGCAGGUCAUUGCCAGAAGGGAGCUGAUUGCAGAUUUUAUCAUUCAGAUGAAGUUGGUGAAGGAGAUAUUUCGGAUGCCAUAAUAGCAGAGGAUGGGAAACAAGCAAAGAAAGAAGAAGAUGGUUAUAAUAAAGGAGUAUUAGCAGGCCACACCAAUGACAGAAAGGAACCAAAAAAGGUUACACCAGGAUCUGGCCAGAGAAAAGUGGUACCCAGACCAGUCCAGCCAGUGAAGGAAUUUAAGAGAGAUAGUUUAACUAAAAAAGAGGUUGAACAACUCCGAUUGACAGAAAUUGAACAACUGAAAAAGAGGCUUGCAUCAUCUAAUUUAGAAGUCAUUACUGACAGCAAAGACAACUUCUGUAUCCAGUUUGACUUUUCAUCUAGUGACCCAGACUGGCCAUAUGAUGUGGAAGUAUUCAAUUUGCAAGUCAUGAUACCACAGGAAUACCCACUGGAGAUGUUUGUUGUUAGACUACCUGAUGAACAGAAUUUACCAGAGACAGUACGAAGGUACAUAGAAGCAUCUCUAGAAGACUGGGUAAAUACGAAACAGGCAGAGUUGAUAAGUGCCGGAAUUGUUAGACUGGAGUUUCGACCUUUUCUGAAAUGGCUGGACAGGAGUCUGGAAUCUAUUGUUACAGGUGCUCUAAAACAGUUAAAGAAGGAGCUGGAAGCCAAAGCAGCAGGACUACAGUUUAUUCCAGCAUCCAAACUACAAGAAAAAGUAAAAGCAGCAGUAAGUGAUGAUGAUGAGGAGGGGAAUGAGGAGGAGGAGGAAGAGGAGGGUGAGGAUGAAAGCAAUAUGUUUCAAGGAGUUGCCUACAGAAAGACAGAUGAUGACCUAGUUUAUACAGGUCCACAGCAAGAUGAUGAAUCUUCAUCAGAUGAGGAUGAUGAUUUGAUUGAGUCUGCCAUAACUGAAAACAAACCAGAAAAAGAUGAAAGACGGGGCACAGAAAUAAAGCUGAGGAAUCUGACACUGAAAGACAAUGCCUCUACACUUACCUGCUGUAGUCUGAAAAUCAUCAUUCAAUGUGCACGCUGCAAAAACAAGAUGGAUGUCAGCACACCCUCAGGGAGGCCUAACCUGGUGACUUGUUUAAAAUGCAGCUACCCUCAGGUUUUGACCUUCCGUUCAGCAAUCAUGCAUCAGUUCUCGUCUGUAGUUGGCUAUCUGGAUUUAGAUGGCUGUCUUCCAUUUGAUGUCAUUCUUCAGGACUGUAUGUUUAAGCUAGGAUGCUUCAGCUGCAACAAAGAAAUGAAAGCCAAGAGUAUGGCUUUUGGACAAGUUACAGAGACGUGGUGCUCUACAUGUCAUGGAAAAAUGAAAGUGUCAGCAGAGUCUGUCAAGUUUGCCCAGCUUCUUCCUUCAGAGCCAGAAACAGAUGAGAAGAGUUUGCAUAAAGUACCAGUCUUAAAACCAAAGAAAAAUUUGAAAGAACCGGAGAUCCAAUUAGGUCGCCCUCUGCCUGAUGAUGGGACAUGUAAACAUUACAAGAAAAGUUAUCGAUGGUUCAGGUUUCCCUGCUGUGGUAAGUGUUACCCAUGUGACAUCUGCCAUGAGAUGAAGGAAGGGGAUCACGAGAUGCUGCUUGCCACCAGAAUGAUUUGUGGACAUUGUUGUAAAGAACAGCCUUUUGCACUGGAUAAAGCCUGUGUGGCAUGCAAGAAGUCAAUGACUCAAGUCCGCACCGCAUUCUGGGAAGGGGGAAAAGGAUGCAGAGACAAGACUAGAAUGAGCAGGAAUGAUGUUCAAAAAUAUGCUGGACAAUCAAAAACUGUAUCGAGAAAGGCUCAAGAGAAAUUGAAGUCAUCGACAUCAAAGAAAAACAUCAAGCUUCGCCACAGCAGCAACUAAUACAAUAAAGGAAUUUCUUUUAAACCUGAUGUACAUGAGUAAAAUUUCAGUAAAGUGCUUUGAAAGAAGAUUUUACUUUAUCUGUAUAAUGUCAUGCAUGCUAUCAUGUGACAUGUGACACCUUGCAUGCAUGACAUACAUGUACAUGCAUGCUAUCACUUGCAAAAUAUUUUAUAGGACAAAUACAAUGUUUACAUAUACAUUGUAUAUACAUGUAGUCAUGUAUAUAACAAAAAUAUUCUGUAUUAUAGUUUAUAUUCUUAAUGCUACUAGCAUUAAUUUUAUAUUGAAUAAUUGGAAAAUAAAAAAAAAAUUACUGAAUGUGGA